UUUUCGUCCCGUCCGCGCGAGUCAUAUUUUGAAGUGCUUCAAUUUUUUUAGCAAAUUUCCUCUCAAAAGUUCUAUCGGCUUGUUCAAAUAUCGUUCCAAAGAACAAGUGCAGCUCAUCUUCCAUCGCCCGUGCCACUGUAAUGUCCGAUUGCGAGGAUUCUUUCGAGGAAAAGCUUCGCAAGUUUCGCCUGAACAAAGAGUCUAAUCCAGUGGAAAGCAAAACCGAACAUCAACCCGAACCGGACAUGAGCUACCGAUCCAGAGGCGGAGGCGGACCGAGCCGCGGAGGUCGUGGCGGUCGUGGUAAUUUGCGAGGCAAGCAGAUCGGCCUGUACUACGCGAACAAGAAUCGUGGGAGAAAUCGGGACGAGGAUGGCGAAGACGGACAGUGGAGAAGUGGCAAGGAUCUUCAGCGGAACAAGAACCGCGAGCGGAUGGCGUACGAGGGUGGGGAUGGGGGAAGGGAUGCGAACCGGUUUCGGAGGUUUGGGGAUGAGCGGGACGAUCAGGUGGUGACGGGGAGAGAUCGGCCACCGCCGGGGUUGCGGGGAAGGGCGCUCGGGUUGUACUAUCGGGAUCGGAACUCGGCAAAGAAUCGCGAGCGGGAGAAGCGAAAGGCGGUUGAUAUUACGAUUCCGCGGUGGCAGAUUUUGGAGAUUCGGAAGUAUUUGAACUUGGAGGAUGGUGGUGGGGGGAAGGUGGAUUUCUUCAGACACUUUGUGCAGAACGAUGAGAUUGAUUCGGUGUUUAAGAAUGAGUAUUUGAAGGUGAUUAGCAAAAGUUUGGAUCAGAUUUUGAGGGAGGAAUCGGUGAAGGAGGAGGAUAUGCUGGAACAGUGGCAGCUGGAUGCGAAGGAGACACUGAAUGCGGAUCUGUACGAUGAGUAUUUGAGGAAGGAGAAGUUAGGGGUGAUGAGGGAAGUUCGCGAGCGACUUCCGGCGUUUGGUUCACAGCGGGAGAUUCUGCAGAUGAUCGACAGGCAUCAGGUCAUCUUGGUUAAGGGUGAGACUGGAAGUGGUAAAACGACGCAGAUUCCGCAGUUUAUCCUGGAUCAGGCGAUGUCUAAGCGAAGGGGUGCCGAUUGUCGGAUAAUUUGUACGCAGCCGAGGCGAAUUUCGGCGAUCACGCUUUCGGAGAGAGUUGCAGCGGAGCGUGGUGAACAGCUUGGGGACUCGGUUGGUUAUCAGAUCAGGUUGGAUGCGAAGAAGCCGCGAUCGGCUGGAGCGAGUAUCGUGUUCUGCACGACGGGAAUUGUUCUUUCGAUCAUGCAAAGCGAUCCCUGCUUGAAGGAGUACUCGCACUUGAUUCUGGACGAAAUUCACGAACGAGACGUUAUCACGGAUCUUCUGUUGGGGAUCGUCAAGAAGAUUCUACCGUUCCGAAAGGAUUUGAAGAUCAUUUUGAUGAGUGCAACGCUAACGGCAGAGACGUUCUCUCGAUACUUCAACGACUGUCCAACGGUUGAAAUCCCUGGUUUGACGUUCCCCGUUGAGGAGUUCUACCUCGAAGAUAUUAUAUCGGAGAUAAACUUCCACGGAUUUAACCCGGGACCGAAGAAGCCCAACUACCGCGAUCGUCAAAUGCUGCAGUUCUUCGACAUGAUCGAUCCGUACAUCCAAACAAUCCGCGGUCAAUACCCGGCCAAAGUGCUCCAAACCAUCGCCAACCCGCUGAGCGAGUCUAGUCAGAACGAUCUGAUAACGGAGCUGAUCUACCACAUCUCAGCCACCAAACCAGACGGAGCGAUCCUCGUGUUCUUACCCAGUCUAGCGCAAAUCUCCGACGUCCAAAAGCUUCUCUCCGCACAUCGCGAUCUGUCCCGCAUGUCCACCCUUAUCUACCCACUCCACUCGAAAGUCCCCCAACUCGACCAAAAAGCGGUCUUCUCGCGACCCCAAAAGGGCACCCGCAAGAUCAUCCUCGCAACCAACAUUGCCGAAACGUCGAUCACAAUCGACGACGUGGUGUUUGUGGUCAACGCCGGUCGCCACAAGAUCAACAUGUUCGAGGAGGGCGUCUCAUCGCUGCGCGACGAAUGGAUCUCGAUCUCGAACGAAAUCCAGCGCAAGGGACGCGCGGGUCGUGUUCAGCCCGGGAUCUGCUACCAUCUGUACACGCGAGGACGGCGUAACGUGCUGCUUCAGAAUACACCGCCGGAGAUUCUGCGCGUUGCGCUGGACGAGGUCAUCUUGAACAUCAAGAUCCUCGGGUUGGGAGAGGCUCGGGCAUUUAUGAGUCAUCUGCUCGAUCGUCCGACGGACGACGUGAUCGAGACAUCGCUGGAGCUGCUUAACCGACUGAACGCGAUCGACGAUGAUCAGACGUUGACCCCGUUGGGGUACCAUUUGGCACGACUUCCGAUGGACCCGCGGACAGGGAAGAUGGUUCUGCUGUCGAGUAUCUUCAGCUGCGCCGACCCGAUCUCGUCGAUCGCGGCAAGUCUCUCGUUCAAGGACGCGUUCUACAAACCAUUCGGGAAGGAGAAGGAGGUCGGAAUGGUCAAGCGGAAGUUCGCCAAAGGUUACCACAGCGAUCAUCUGAUGUUGGCGAAUGUGAUUGAACAGUGGAAAGACCUAUCAGGUCGGGACGUUCAGCACUUUGCGUACAAGAACUUCCUGAACUUGGGCACGCUCAACCAGCUGUACAACAUGAAGCGCCAGUUCUGCGAGUACCUCUACUCGGCCAAGUUCCUCCAGAACGCCCAGGUUACGUCCAGGGCGAACAACCUCAACUCCCACAACGACAAGCUGCUGAAGGCGAUCAUCGGAGCCGGGCUGUACCCGAAUGUGGCGUUCGUGCGGAAGGUCAUCCGGAACCGGAACUCACCAGACGGGCGGUCCAUUUUAAAUAUCGAAGGACAGGGCAGGACCACAAUGCAUCCUUCGUCGGUCAACAGCACGUUGGCGGAUUUUGAGUCCAACUUCGUGGUGUACUACGACAAGCAGAAGAUCUCCGGCUCGGGACUGACCAUUUUCGACACGACGGUGGUGAAUCCGUUCCCGCUGUUCUUCUUCGGCGAUAACCACGUCGAGACGGAGGGCGCGUACGAGUUGAUCUCGAUCGCUGGGCACUACUGCCUCAAAUGCAACAAGGAAACGUACGAGCUAAUCCAGGACCUGCGCGCCGGCUUCAACCUCUUUCUCCAGAAGAAGAUCUGCAACCCGUCGCCGGUGGACUGGUCGUCGGACGAGGGCACGCUUCUGCGGGCAAUCAUCCAGCUAAUCACGAUCGAUGGGCGGUACGAGGACGGGUUCGACGACGACGGUGGCGACGACUUUGGGGGAGCUUCGUCCUCGGAGCAGCGGUGGUAAUCCGGAGGAGAUUAAAUUCGACCAGGAUGACGACUAUUUUGAUUACUUUGAGAACGAUGAUUUGCCGCCACCGUCGACGAGCAGCAGCAAACGAUAGAAGGCAAAGUCAAAGCUUAGCACUGGAAUGUAAUAAUAAUUUAUUUGAAUUUACAAAAA